AUGGCCCAUCAUGUGUUGUUUGAUGUGGGCUUUGUCAUGUCAUUUGAUGAUUUUCCAAUUUUGUUCAUGACAGGUCAGAAGUUGUCUGGUGUUGCUGGAAGCCCAGCAUAUGUAGCACCAGAAGUUCUCUUGGGGGACUAUUCUGAGAAAGUAGAUAUUUGGGCAGCCGGUGUUCUCCUCCACUUGCUGCUGGUUGGUGAGCUACCAUUCAAUGGUGGAUCUUUGGAAGCUGUCUUUGAGGCAAUUAAAAAGACCGAGCUUGAUUUUACAUGUGGGGUGUGGGAGUCAAUAUCGGAGCUAGCACGGGACCUGCUUAGUAGGAUGCUGACUCGGGAUGUCUCAAAAAGGAUCACGACUGAUGAAAUUUUAAAUCACUCGUGGAUUUUAUUCUAUACAAAAUGCCCAUCCGAGGUGAUGCGAAGAAAAUCUGUAAGAAAAAACAUUAAACCCAUAAUCGAUGUCGAGAGAAUUGCUGCAGCCAUCAGCAGCACUCUGUCUACAGAGAGUUCAAGUUCAAAGUCCGAGGAGCAGGAUGGCUGUUGCUUUGUCGAUGCUCUCGCAGCUGCCAUGUCACGUGUUUCAAUCUCUGAGACGAAGCGCACCAGGCUGUGCGGCCCUGUGAGUCCAAUCCAGCAGCAGUGCUCUUCUAACAUGGAAUCUAACCUCUGUACAGCAUUCUGA